AUGGGUUUUCUUCUUUUGUUUGAUUCAUUCCAAGCUACACCAAUACAUAAUGAUGAUGUACCAAUUGAUAAAACAUAUGAUGAAGAUUUAGAUGAAACAAGUUCAACAAUUGAAAAACGUACUUUUAGCAACAGUGAUAUUCCUGAUGGUUAUGUUGGUAUCAUGUUGGGCAAACGUCGAUUAGAAGCACGUGCAGUUCGACUUCCAAGUGAAGCUAUCCUUCUUGGUAAACGACGAUUACCUCAUGAAGCUGUGCUUUUAGGAAAACGUGAUUUACCUAAUGAAGCUAUCCUUUUAGGAAAACGUCGAAUACCUUAUGAAGCUGUGCUCUUAGGCAAACGAGAUUUACCCAACGAAGCUAUACUUUUGGGAAAGCGUGAUUUACCUAAUGAAGCUAUACUUUUGGGAAGACGGGAUCUACCUAAUGAAGCUGUGCUCUUAGGAAAACGUGAUCUACCUAAUGAAGGCAUUCUUCUUGGCAAAAGACGAUAA